GACAUGGAUCUCUCUGUUUUGCCCAAUAACAACCAUCCUGACAAAUUCCUGCAGCUUGAUGUGAAGUCUUUAAUGAGGAGCCCGGCCCUUCUGCAGGCCAGCCUCGCGAGAUUUCCGGGAGGAUAUUAUCCAGCUGCACAGCACUGGCAAAACCUUGUUUACUCACAGAGAGAAAAAAAGAGCCUUGUGGCUCAAGGAACUAAAGGAUGCAGUCGGGAGGACCUGGUCACUCCUGACAGCCCACCACCAUCCUUGACAUCAGUUAUGAAGAACAAUCCACUCUACAGUGACCUAAGCUUGGAGGAGGCAAUGGAAGACAGGAAAAAGAAUCCUUCGUGGACCAUUGAGGAAUACGACAGGCAUUCCUCGCACACGAACCUCUCCGGACACUUGAAGGAAAAUCCUAACGACCUACGAUUUUGGUUGGGAGACAUGUACACGCCGGGUUUUGACACCUUACUGAAGAAAAAGAAGAAGCACAACAAGAGAGCCAAGCUAUGCCAUAUGGGUCUGAUUUUACUUGUGGUUGCCUCCAUCUUGGUUGCCAUAGUGACUAUUAGCUCUUUCUUUGCUUAA